CAAAAGAUCGCGCCGUCUCCUCCCCAUAGAGCGGCAUCGUGUCAUCGUGCAGCUUACAGAGCGCCGAACAGCGCAAACGGCGAACGGCGCGUUUCAGCGUCAGCGGGAGAGAAGAGUCCUGACAAGCUGAAAAGCUCUCGGAACCGGUUCGGCCUUAGUCGUGUCGCGCAGCGUAUAACUGCAAUGACGACACACAACUGCCCAUAUUAUAACAUCGUCCCUGUAACAACAGUUAAUUUUAUUAUUAAAAUGGUGUGAUUAAUAUUAUGUUUUCAAUAAAUUAACGAAACGACGAAGGUUGUGAGAAGGGAAGAAGUUCGCGAGUUCAUAUUUCCCCGUAUAGGUUAUAAAGGUUUAAAUAAUUAGCUAACGACUAGUGAAAGAGUAGUGAUAAAGAUAUUUUAAGUUAAGCAAUAGCGACCGUUCUACUCCAUUUACCAUAGUUCUUCCGUUUAAAAGAUAGUGUGAUAUUCGUAGUUCCAGUUUUCUACCCGAAAUCUCUCUCGUCAUUCGAUAAAGGAUUCGUGUCAAACUUUUACAAUGAUAUGUUUCAUUUCAGUACAUAAGAAUGAGUGGUAUUUGAUCCAGAAGAAGGACGAAAAUUGCUUGCCUUAUUCAAAAGAUACCUUGUAGUGCCUACUGCUGCUUUAAAAAGACAGAUUUAAACGAUUCCGCAAUAAGUCGUCAAUACCAAUAAUCCUGAGUGAUAUUAUUAUUAGUUAGAAAAAUCGAGCUAUUACCAAUUCUAAGUACAUAAGAUGUCUCACGUUGCUUUAUGUAAUUAUACCAACAACGAUAAUAAUAAUAAUGACAACAUUAGUGAAGAUUCCAGCCAAUUGCCCACAAUUUAUAGGUGUCGGGCGCCGAUAGCAAGUUUGGACUGCAUGGAGGAAUUUAGCGCCGGAAGCGCUCUGAGCGCACUGGGCGAUCGACCCGGUGACGGCAUUUCCAAGGAGCAACUGCUGCUCAGCGGUCUGACCCACACCGCCCCUGCGGCACCCCUUCAACUGGCGCGACAGACCUCCGUGACACCCGGUCUCAGGUACAGAAACAUGGGCAAGAGCGGACUCAGAGUCUCCAACAUCGGAUUAGGGACUUGGCCCACGUUCAGUCCCAAUGUGACUGAGGAACAGGCUGAGCAGAUCAUCACGUUGGCUGUGGAAAGCGGGAUUAACGUGUUCGACCUGUCCGAAGCGCACUCAGGUACAAGAGCAGAAGUGGAACUUGGCCGGAUACUGCAGAGAAGGGGAUGGAAACGAACCAGCUUUAUCGUCACCACCAAGAUUUAUUGGAGUACCAGGUCUGAGGAAAGGGGCCUCUCUCGGAAACAUAUCAUAGAAAGUGUAAAGGCGAGUCUCCUACGUCUGCAGCUGUCGUACAUCGACGUCGUCAUCGUCCACAAAGCUGAUCCCAUGUGUCCCAUGGAAGAAGUGGUGCGAGCCAUGCACUAUGUGAUAUCUCAGGGAUGGGUAAUGUAUUGGGGGACGGCCCGAUGGUCGCCGGUGGAAGUCAUGGAAGCCUACACCAACUGUCGCCAGUUCAACUGCGUAACACCAAUUGUGGAACAAGCCGAAUACCACAUGUUCUGUCGCGAAAAAACGGAACUCUACAUGCCCGAACUGUACAACAAAAUCGGUGUGGGUCUCAUGGCUUGGUCGCCCAUCUCCAUGGGCUUCUCUCAGGGUAAAGACGACGGGAGCAGCAUCCAGCUGUUUUCCAGAGCCAGUUUCCGGAACAAGUACAGCUCCUUCUCUUGGACCGAAGAUGAAACUGCGGCCGCAAACAAAGAAGGUUACAGUUGGAUGAAGGACAGAAUUCAGCCGGAGGAGACCAGAAGACACUCGGAGCGAAUCAGAGAACUGAACGCGUUGGCCGAAAGACUCGGCUGUUCCCUCACCCAGCUUGCUGUGGCGUGGUGCUUGAAGAACGAAUCCGUGCAAUGCUUGUUGUUGGGAGCCAGUUCCACCGAUCAACUUUACGACAGUAUACAGUCAUUACAAUUAAUUCCUAAGCUUAACACCAACAUGAUUGCCGAAAUCGAACGCAUCUUAGAAAAUAAGCCAACUCGACCUCCCAUGGUAUCAACGUUGGCGCUUAGAUGACAAUCAAUGUGCCCCCCUGGAUCCAUCAGCGGUGGACAGGGAGGCACGAGCAACGCGGAGAGCCCGAAAGGAGACGAUCUGAGCAACGCGGACACGGAACCAAAAGAGAGCCAGAAACUGCCGUUCUGUGAGAUUCAGUGACAAAAGGUUACCGAGUUUGUAAAAACUCGUAAAAUAAAAACUCCAGACGAAAAGCCGGCCAAAGAGAAGGUGCGGUGGUCGUACAGUCCGGAAGAAGGGCCCAAGUGCACCACGGAGCCGUUCGUCAGCAAAAAGAAGGACAAGAAAGCGGCGCACAGUCCGGUGCAAGUAUGAAACUCACAAAUUCACGAAAUCCUGAUCUGAGGUGACUCUUUUGCUGGAAUACGCACGUAUUCCCUUUGUCUGUGCGUCCAAGUCGCGGACAGGACCGACUUUCGCUACAUGGCAUCCUCCUCCCCACAAUAUCAAUAUCUUAUUCGGUGCUCGUAACACUCAUACACAAACAUCUAAUUUAUAUUUAUUCUGUAUGUGUACUUCCAGUUUGACAAGAAAUGAUCGAUUCUUUACCAUUUCCUUACUACAUUAAACAAACACUUACUGAAGAAUGAAAAAGUAUCGCUUCGAAGAGCAAAUCAGUAUUAAUAAUAAGUUUGUGGGUAAAUAGUUGAACAGCUCUGUUACAUUUCCAUUUGGCAAAUUAUUCUAGUCAUGGUAGUAAACAUAAUAAGUUAUAUGAAAGACGAAUGAAAAUUAAUUUUAAGUGAAGCGGACGGAAUACAUCAAACUUGGGUGUAAAACUCGUGAGGAGCGUUUGACAGAAUGUUUUUACUGUUACUACUUCAACUAAAUCACCAACGCAAAGUGUUUUGCUUUGAAAUCACUUUCACAACAGUGAUUACCUUAAUACGUUCCGUACUAAUUUGGAAAAGAACAGAACCAAUAUUCAAUUGCAGACAAUAAUUAAAAGUAUAUUCAAAUCGUACUGUUGUACUGUUGUACUGUUGUGCUGUCGACUCGAGUGAAGAUCAAAACUUAGAAAGUACUAAGUACUAGAACAACAACUGUGAUUUUGGAUGUGAGUUAUAGAUACGAAUUAUUUGAACCAGGCCAACAAUCCUUCGAUAGAAUAUAAAUACGUGGUAAAAGCAAUCGUCCCGAAGGACAACCGAUGGUGGAGAAGAGGAACGCACAGAUUGUACGCCGACGUUUCUGAACCGAAAAUUAUAGAAGCAUAAUAUAUGUCUAGUACGAUCGUUUUAUAAAAACCUAGUCGAGAUUUUGGACUGAAUAAAUUAUUGACUUAAUUUUAUUUUAUUUUAUUUAAUAAAUGUGUCUUUUGUA